AAGUACUUCCGGCGGACAGAAUUCUUCAUGCACACGUUGUGUUGUAAAAGCCCUGGCAGAUUUUUUAAAGCGUUAAUUAUUUUAUAAGAAACAUGCAAUAAAACGCUUCAAAUUCAUAAACUGGACAUUCAGUUGUAUCUCUACGAAUAUACUCUGAUAAUCUGACAGUGGUGUUUUUGGUUCGGGAUUCAGUGAGCAGGAAUGUCGUCACUGUGGAGCCUCAGACCAGCACUGGCAUCACUGCUUCAGGCCUCCCAGCAUGCCUCUGACUGGAUGGGCCCCCUCCUCUCCAGGACAAUGGCCACCCUCAACCAGAUGCAUCGUAAGGGGAAGCCCAAACCACCUCCUAAACUUGUUGGAGCCACGUUUGGCCGCCCCCAACUGAAGGCGGUGAUCCUGAAGACCAUGAUCCGAAAGCCCAAGAAGCCUAACUCUGCGAACAGAAAGUGCGCUCGGGUGCGGCUGUCUAACGGGAAGGAGGCGGUGGUGUUCAUUCCUGGGGAGGGACACAACCUGCAGGAGCAUCACGUGGUGUUGGUGCAGGGCGGGAAGACACAGGACCUGCCCGGAGUCAAACUCACUGUGGUCAGGGGCAAAUAUGACUGUGCUCACGUGGUGAAGAAGAAACAGUAGCACGAGAGAUGGACGCUGCGUUUGUCGCUGUCAGUGCUGUUUAAUAAAUGUGCUGCUAAAGAUGCCAGCAUUGUGGGCUCAGAGAUACAGGUAGAGACAUCAGGAUCACUGCAUGGCCAAAAGUAUGUGGACAUCAGAGCAUUUCUCUGUGUAAUAGCGUGAUUCCUGUUCGUUAAUGUGCUGCUCUGACAGCUGGGUCCAGUCCACCCUUGUUCAAAAUCAUUAAACUAAAUGUUACUGGGUA